AGACCCCGCCUGCAAGAGGCGGGGCUUAAGGGGCCUCGGGCAGCGGGCCACGACCGCCUGACUGCUGCCGGUGCUUGUGUUAGGUGCUGCUGCUGCGGCGGAGACUUAGCUGGUGGCGCAGAGGCCGAGCCCCAGGUGGAGGUGAAGCCCCUCCGGCGCCGCCUCCGCGUUUGUGGUUCGGCGUCGGCGGCCUCUGCGGCGGUCCUGGACGUCUUGGGGGGGAUCUGCGCACUGCCCGGGUGAGGAUGCGGCUCUUCUACCGGCUGCUAAAGCAGCCGGUGCCCAAGCAGAUAGAGCGCUACUCCCGCUUCUCGCCGUCGCCACUGUCUAUCAAACAGUUCCUGGACUUCGGAAGAGAUAAUGCAUGUGAAAAAACUUCAUAUAUGUUUCUGCGCAAGGAGCUUCCUGUGCGACUGGCUAACACAAUGAGAGAAGUUAAUCUUUUGCCAGAUAACUUAUUGAACCGACCUUCAGUGGGAUUAGUUCAGAGUUGGUACAUGCAGAGCUUCCUUGAACUUUUAGAAUAUGAAAACAAGAGCCCAGAAGACCCACGGGUUUUAGAUAACUUUCUCCACGUUCUGAUUAAUAUCAGAAACAGACACAAUGAUGUUGUUCCUACAAUGGCCCAAGGCGUGAUUGAGUACAAGGAAAAGUUCGGGUUUGAUCCAUUCAUUAGCAGUAACAUCCAGUAUUUCCUGGAUCGGUUUUAUACCAACCGCAUUUCUUUCCGCAUGCUUAUUAACCAGCACACACUUCUGUUUGGUGGCGACACUAACCCUGCUCAUCCUAAACACAUAGGGAGUAUCGACCCCACCUGUAACGUAGCUGAUGUGGUGAAAGAUGCAUAUGAAACAGCCAAGAUGCUCUGUGAACAGUAUUACCUGGUAGCUCCAGAGUUAGAAGUGGAAGAAUUCAAUGCCAAAGCACCAAACAAACCUAUUCAGGUAGUUUAUGUGCCGUCACAUCUGUUUCACAUGCUAUUUGAGUUGUUCAAGAACUCAAUGAGAGCAAUUGUUGAACUAUAUGAAGACAAAAAAGAGGGUUACCCGGCUGUUAAAACUCUUGUGACUCUGGGUAAAGAAGACUUGUCCAUUAAGAUAAGUGACCUAGGUGGUGGAGUCCCACUUCGAAAAAUAGACCGUCUUUUUAACUACAUGUACUCAACUGCUCCCCGACCCAGUCUGGAGCCUACGAGAGCUGCUCCCUUGGCUGGCUUUGGGUAUGGCUUGCCCAUUUCUCGACUGUAUGCCAGAUAUUUUCAGGGAGAUCUAAAACUGUACUCCAUGGAAGGAGUGGGUACCGACGCUGUCAUUUAUUUGAAGGCCCUUUCAAGUGAAUCCUUUGAGAGGCUGCCAGUUUUUAAUAAGUCUGCAUGGCGCCAUUACAAGACCACUCCUGAAGCUGAUGACUGGAGCAAUCCUAGCAGUGAACCAAGGGAUGCAUCAAAAUACAAGGCUAAACAGGACAAGUUCAAGACUAAUAGAACUUUCUAGAAAAUGAGUGCUGCGAUCAACUCUGAAGAAAGAUUAUCUUCGCAAAGGCAACCAAAGACCCUUAUUUCCAGCAGGUCUUGUUGGUGGCACUAUUGUUACUCCCAAUGCUUAAAUAUGUUGCUUCCUUUAUAUUGGCUCAGUGUUUUUAUGGAGCCUUUCCUGUAGUUACUUCAGUUGUAUCUUCCACUAAAGUUGUAAACGGAGCAGUUUGCCGUGGUGUCUUGCUGUGCCAUCAUUAGCACCCAUCACAAAAGAGCACAGAAACUCCUUAGCGCUCUUGUACUCUAUACUCUGUAUCUUGUUAUGGGUUUUAGUGUUUGAAGUCAUCCCAGGAUUUGGAGCUCCUUCCUCAUUCCAGAUACAGCAGCUCCUACUGUUGCUGUUUGUGACCAAAACUCUACCUAGAGCCAGGGAGGUCUGGAAGUGGAUGGCAUCAGUGGAGCACAUCUUGAAAAUUCGGUCCCAGGGUUCUUCCUGUCCCAUGUCCAUUCCCCCUUCACUCUGACUUAGACUUUUGCAGCCUUCUGCCUGUGUUCUCAUUGUGAGGUGUGGUAUUUUGAUGUUAGAACCUGUUCAUUGCUAUUAAUUUGACUUUAAAGUUCAUUUGCUUACUUCUGUUCCAUUGAUUAAAGCACUCUAAAAGUUGUCUUGGAAUUUCUCACUUAACACCUUGGUUUGAAAGAUUUUAAGUGAAAAACUAUCUUCUAGUCAAUGUCAGACUUGUAAAGAAAGAGUGAGAAGUACAGUUGUAUGUUUCUGUGAAAGCUCCACUAACCUAGUACUGUCUCUUCGCCACAUGAAAUUCCUUUUGUAGUCAUCUAAGGAACUAGGGGUUCCUGUGUGAUAUACUUGACUUACUGUAACACAGAUUGUCACAUUAUUUUCAAGAAUGUUAUAUAGAUCUUGAUAAUUUCCAUUGUCAUUAUUUUUUGCCAGUUUUAGGAACUGCCCACUCAAUUUGAGUUUUGGUUCAUUUGUUUCGUUUUAUUGUGAUAGAGUUUCUCUGUGCAGCCCUGGCUGUCCUGGAACCCACUCUGUAGACCAGGCUGGCCUUGAACUCACAGAGAUCCACCUGCCUCUGCCUCCCAAAAGCUGGGAUUAAAUGCAUGUGCCACUCCACCCAGCUCCCAAUCUGAUUUUUAUAAACCCUCUUGCUAAAAGUUAGAAGUGGGAAUUAGAGAACUUGUGGUAAGGAAAGAGAAAUGAUGUGAUAUGUAUCCUUAAUAAUAGAGGCUAUCUGAGAGCCUGGAUUCAAACCAAUACCUAGCUUAUCCAGCUCCCUUGUAUGUGUUUCCCUCUUCACUAUAUUUUUCACGUACAUAUUGACCAUCAGUUUCAUUUACUGUAUGUAUAAGUGUUUCUCUCCAGUUUUUCAAUAUUGAAUCCAGAUUUAGAAGUUUUCAUUUGUAGCCAGGCAGGGUGGUACACACCUGAAAUCUCAGUACUCCAGAAGUUGAGGCAGAAGGAUCAUGAGCAUAGCCUGAAUUAUGUAACAAGACUCCUCUCAAAAUGUUUUUUAAGCUUGUAUUUAUCAUUACUCCUUUAUCAUUUCUGCUAUAGAAUGUCAUCUUUCCCACUGCCACCACAAUGAACGUUUCUGCCUCAGAGAUCUGCUCUGAUUAGCUGCACUGGGCUCAAUUGUAACUCUUCACGAGUUGCAUCGCAUCUGAAUUUUUUUUUUUUUUAUUUCCUUGUGUUACCUGAUUUCCUGGUAGCUCCUGUUUUCUUACAGAACUGAUAUGCAAUGAGUCAAGCAAAAUCAUGUUGAUAAACUUGGUAAAAGAGCUUGGUGAGAGACUGACUGGUCACAGGUCUAAGUCAGUGACUAUUUCCUUGUGAUGGAAAAGCUGUGAAGAUAAUGGUCCCUUAUGUUUAAAGACCCUGGCUGCCUUAUAAACACCGGAUAGUAUUUCCAUAUCUUCCUGAGUAGGUUGCCAGUCAACUUCCUUUACUCUUGCAAGUUUGACUAGAGGAGAAAGGCGGAAACAGGUUUGUAUGGUGGCAUUUGUUGCCUUGUGGCAGCACUGUUUGUAUUGUUUAAGGGCUGCUCAUUGAUUGCCACACUCCCACAUCAAAUGCCAUGUAAGGAUUGGUUAUGAUACAGAAGAACCUUGUCAUAUCCUUUGUCAUUUUUGAAAAAGCUGGCUUCUGUUUAAAUGUCUUAAGGAUUUAAUCCAUAGUCUUCUAAUAUUCCUGGGCUUAACUCAUAACCAUCUGAGCCUGGUACAUCCCAGCUGCUCCUGUCUUUGGGAUCAUCAAUAAGAAGACUUUCAGGAGCAUCCUGCAUUCACAAGGUUUAUUCUCCCCUUGAUUGGAACAUGUAUGUAUCCUUUCUGCUGACGGUGCAUGAUCCUCUGCACUUUAAGCAUGUCCCGCUAGUGCUUUAUGAAUUUCUACAGAUAUUACAAAUUGAUAUUGACCACUUUUCAACUGAAUUCUUCCCCAUUUCUCUAUAAUACCCUUCAGUUUAUACUCUUGUUCUAUUUUAUGUAUUUGUCACCUGAGUAGACUUUUCGAAACAGUGCCUGGCACAUAGUAGGUACUUGAAUAUAUAUACUUGAUGAGUCAAAGGAUGAAAAGUAAUAGAAAUUUACAAUGGCUGGUGUGCAAACAUCUUUCUAAAUUCUUCAGAAGAUAGCCCCGACCUCAGUUGGUAAUGAUUCAUGUCAAGAGCUGUGGCAGUACUGAAUUUCUUUUUUUCUAGUGCUAAAAAGUGGCUUUCCAAAGUGGAGGAGUGACAGGAAUUAGAAAUGGAUCCAAAUGAGCCAUUUGAUUCUUUCUUUGUCUCUGAAUCUCUGGUUCUGGGUUCGUAAUACAAGGGCUUCUUUCUAUCUCUGACAUGGUCUUAGAGCCGCCUUAGAGAUUCCAAAGAACUUAACAUCCAGCACCCCUUGUGCUUCUUACAAUGCAAGGAGGUGGUGUGUGCAAAGUAGCUUUUAUUUCUCAUGUGCAUUCCAAAGCAAUUAAGUGGUUUACCAAGGAGAUAUAGAUACCAAGAAGAGACGGAAGGUGAACAGCAGAACCAGAGUCUAUGCUUGGGCCUUCCUUUCCCUGGGCCAGUCCUCUGAACAAUAUGUCAAGCAGUUAGAAUGAACCCUUGAGAGGAAUGUAUUGGGCAUAUUAAUCCUCAAGGGUCAUCUGUAAAUCAAAAGUUUUCUGUCAUUCCAGACAGUUACACUCAGGAAAGGGUUUUCUUUGUGGUAUUUCCAUUCUGGUGCAGUUAGAGGAGACAAGUGGACUAGGCAGUUUUUGCCCUGCAAAACAACACUUUAGACUAAUACAGGUUGUGACUAGAGUUUAUAUUUGCAUGAGAUCAGUGCUUGCUUCCAGCCUUUUUUUUUUUUUGUACAAAAAUUCCACAUUUGGAAGUUGAUGGUUUUGUGUUUUGGUAGACUCAAUUACAGUUUCAAUUAGAUGUUCUUGCAGUUCUCUCUAUUGCCAUUACUUAUAAUAAUAGCUUGGCUGGCUGUCAGAACCUUGGAUCACAUUCCUUCCCCCUAGAUCUUCAGAGACUUUAUUGUCUAUAUUUGCUGGUGCUCCCAAGUCCAGGAGUACAGAUGGAUUUUUCUUUCAGACUUGUAGACAACCUGCUUGCUGGACAUGAUUGCAUGUUUAUGCUUGAUAUUUUGUAACUUCACUUCAGUAUAGCUCAGGGUUGGAAGUUGUCUGUGGCUUUUUCUGGCACGUAGUGAGCUUUAGCAAGUCCCAUAUUAGGCCUUAGUACAUUUUGUAUUAUUUUGUAGUGUUCUUCAGAAAUUUAUUUCUCGAUCAGCUUUCUGUUAUCCAUCUUUCACAUGCAUCUUUCUUUAUGGCUUUCAUCUCUUUGUCUUCCUUUAUAUGUGAUUUUUUUUUCUUCUCUGAGUCUUACUCCAUACCCUCGUUUCAUCAACUUGUUUUCUACUGUUUUUCUCUAGCCCUUGUGGCUUGCUUUCACUUCUGUCAUGGUUUUGUUUUAAUUUACUUCUCUUGGCUCAUUAUUAUUCUCUGAUGCCUUCUGUUUUUGAAGACUAAGCCUUUUGGUCUAAAUUUAUAGUUUCUGAAAUCAUUGUUUUUCCAGAAUGUAGUUGUGUAUCUUUUGCUUAAUAUGUCAGGCACACUACAUAAAAUAUGUAGCUUUUAUUAAUUGCAUUAUACAUGACGUUUUGCUCAGUUUUUGGACAUGUGUGCCGGCCAGGGGGGAUAAAACACUUACACAAACAUAUAUUUAUUCUGUCGUCUUUCCUAGUGGUCCAGAUGCUUAAACAUUGACUUUAAAGAUAAUGUCCUUCAUAAUCUAUACGUUAGUAAACAGAAGGAACCAAUAUUGCCAGCAGGAGAGCACCAUUAACCAUUUAAUCAAUACAGGAUUUUGUUUGCUGUUCUGGGUGAAAAGAUAACUUUUAACUCCAGUUCCUGUCAUGCUGAUUAGAGAUAUCAGUACCUUCUGGUUUGAAAAUGAGGGACACGUGAAAUUUUAAUGAACUUGAAAAGUUAUCAGCCAUUGACAGUGAUUUAUUAGUUAAUUAAACAUGGUAGACUACUUCAAACUAGGGCAUUAUCAGUUAUCAAGAGAAGUAUAAGCUUGUUUUAUUAGCAGUUUGUAGACAGUCGCUGAAGGUGUUGACCAUUCAAAGAGCUUUGCUGUGGAUUUCUUUCUUUUCAGUCAACCAUUUAAAAAUGUGGUUCAUUGGAGGGGGCUAUGGCUGGGAUACAAAGUAAAUAACCUGUGAUUAAUAUAAAAAAUAAAAUUUAUAUAAAAAAAUAGAAAACUCUGUUUGUCCUGAUGAUAUACUCCUGUAAUCCCAGCAUGCAGGAGGUGAAAACAUGAGUGACUCUAAGGCCAGCUUAGGCAACAUAGUGAGAACCUUUGUGAAAGAAGUAGGAGAGAAGAAGAAAACAGGAAGGAAGGAAAGAAGAGAAGAAAGAACAAGGGAGGGAAAAAACAAAGAAGAAAGGAGGGGAGGAUAUAAGGGAAAAGGUGUGAAGUCUUCACUGUGGCUUAUUGUUAUUUAUGAAUACACGUUUAAGUAGUUUGUAGGUCUUGGUCCUACUGUAAAAGAACAUGUGAUAAUGUUUUGAAAGCAUAUUUGCAGGUAGAUAUGAGUCAAAGGCGUAUUUGGAAUGCUUGUAGGACUGAAACCUCCUUCCCUCAGUAGGCAGAACAUUCUAGUUGGCAGCCAGCGUGAACUGUCUCACCUUCAGAGUUUCCAUACAAUGAUCAAGGACCACAAAUGAUAGCCUUGCGGUAUCCAGCAAACUGCAUAAAGCAGGUCGUUCCACUGAGGCCAGUCUUUGGCUCAGGUUGUGCUCGUGUGAAAUAGGUGAUUGAAACAUAGGUAUCCUGAAGUAAGGAAGACUGGAAGUGAGGGUGGCAGACAACAGCAGUCAUGGGAUAGAAGAUGAAAUGCAGUCUUGGAUUUCAGUAAUAUGUUACCACAUGCUAUAUAGUCACUGCUGUGCGUGUGACAGUGCUUAAAGCAGAGUGAAAUCCCUGCCUCAUGAACUGUCUGUUCUAGUACGGACAAGGUAGCUUUGUCGUUCACUUGGGAAACAAGCACUGUAGGGAAAAAUGAAAGACUUCACCUUCAUAAGGGGCAGGUGUUUUCUUCAGAGAAGGAAGUAUUCUUCAUUCCCCAGGUUUCUUUUAAUCUAUCAGUGUGGAUUGUGAGAAUCUGUCUCCUCUUCACUGGGCUCUUCAGGGUACCUGCUGAAGUCCUUGUUCUGUAGCUUCAGUAGAUAACAGGGGUCUAAGCCACUCUAGUUAUUGUCUCCCUGGCCAACAGGGAGCAAGUAGUGUGCUGAGAGGGCCCAGCUUUCACAGCCAAAUCUCAUGGAAAAGUAAGGGCCAUCAUUUGAUUCUUUUUAACAGACACUCACCACAGGCUCAGAUACAUGUUUUCAGGACUUCACAAAAAGAUCAUUUAAGGGCCAGGGAGAUGGCUGAGCUGGUAAAGCUGCCUGCCACCAAGACUGACGACCUGAGUUCAGUUCCCAUGUCCUGCGGGGUAGGAGGAGAAAACCAACUGCUGCAAGCCGUCCACUGACCUCGGCACAUGCCACGGCUCGUGCACACUUCAGACUAAGUAAAAAGGUGGUAAUGUUUUCAUCAGAAGUUUACAAGUAUCAGGAUAAAGAGGCUAGACUGAAAGUUGCUACUUGUCAGGAGGAGACCCUGUCUAACACUUCAGCGCCUUCCAGAGGUGGAGGAAAGGAGUAGCCAAGAAGGCUUCCCUCUGAAGUCUACCAGUGGAUAGCUAUCUGUAUUCACUUGCCAAAAUGAAGGCAGCGCUCCAGCCACAGAAGUCUGGAGAAAGCUCUCCUUCCGUGUUUCCGUCUGUCUCUGCAGUAGGGAACUUGAAUUCCCUGUGAUCUCCAUGGUACAGUUUGAAAUGGCCAGAACAUGGGCUGUUCCUUCGUGUAGCCACACACACAGCUUCCUGGUAGAAGAUCCACUUUAACAUUAGAGGGAAUGUUAGAGUCACAGGGCAGACUUGACCAUCUCUCUGACUACUUGGGGCAGAUCUGAGUGACCCAGCAGAGGGAGACUUAACUGAUUGGAGAAGUGGGUGGAGCAUGUUGAAUAAUGUCUGUCAGUAGAUCCAGUUUCUCACCCUUUAAACUGCCUGCUUUUCUAUGAACAGAAUCACCUGUUCUGGAGCAUCAGUACUGAAAGUCUGCAAACAUUUUAUAGUUAUAUGCCUGUAUUAAAGAAAAGCACCCCUUAUCUCACAAUAUCCUUUGGGUAUUUUAAUUGAGUCAAGCUAUCUUGUAUGUGUACUUUGCUGUACAAAAAAAAAAAAUUUACCCAAGUCACAGAACUGAUCUCAGUUCUCAGCAUACUUGCUUCCUAAGUGUGGGAGACUACAGGCACAGUACCAAUAAAUUCAAAGUUGGUGCUAUCAGCCCUUGAUGGAAGUCUCUUUGCAAGUCCCAUGGAAGUGAAGAGAAAUACAACUUGAUAUGUGGAAUCUCCGGUCCAGUUAGGACUAUUGACUUUUUCCUGAGACUUUUAAAAAAGCCUAGAGAGUUGAGAUAGUAAAUCUGUGGAAGAGCAGAUCUGAGCUGGGUAUGAUGAAAAAAGGAGUAUGAACUUAACCUGAAAAAUACUUAUCUUCUAUAAAUCUCUCAGUGACAUUUGGAUUAAUCAAGCAUAAUUAAAUGUAGUUAGGUUUUUGUCAGAUUGUAGUUCAAAAUAAUAUUCAUCUAUGGAGAGAGUAAUAUAUUCUGUAGAAAUUUUAAGCAUUUUAGUUAAGCAAACAGUAAGGAGAACAAAAUCAGCCUCAGGAAGGUUAAUUACUAAAAAAACAUGGAGUAUAGUAGAUUAUGUAAAUCAUUUUCAUUUUGAAUACCAUGGCUUGAGCUUUAAUUUACAUAGAGAGGUAUUUUGGACUUGUUUUUUUUUUUUUUACAUUCUGUUUUUCAAAAGUACCAAAUUAUACUUGCAUUCUUUAAAAGUUCUAAUCACUCCAGGGUUUCAUUAAGCUUGCUCUAACUUUUUUCCCAUUAUAGUUUGCAAAAAUGAAUUACAGUUUCCUUCCAGCGAAUUCUCUGAGGAUUCUCAUUUGUAGAAACCAUGAGAACGAUGUUUCGAUGUUUUUAUUUCUUUACCAAACAGUGGCUUUAAGUGAAGUAUCGGGAGUGAGUGCAUGAAAGCGUUCAACCAGGCGUGCCUUUGCGGCAGGCGUUCACUUAAAAGAAAAGAAAAAAAAAGAUAAAACAUAGACCAAAUUGAUUUUAGGUGUUAAUUCUUCUUGAGUGGAGACUUUUCUCUCACUGUCUCAGGGAGCGGGCUCCAGUAAGAUCUGGAACUGUUAUGGUACUUGGCUGAAUUUCUCAGUGAGGCUUUCAAAGGUAUUGUCACCCCAGCAAUACAAGCCUACCCAGGAAGCCUAAACUUGGUUUGUUUUGUUUUGUUUUGUUGUUGUUGUUGUUUUCGCAAUAAGUGGUGUAGGGUAGAUACAGAGAUCGAAAGCCCUUUGACAUUUUCAUAGAAAACUGCUAUAGUUUGGUUCUGUUGGGCCAUUUGUUUAGUGUCUUUUCAGUGAAGAUUCUAUGUUCCUUUGGAACUGGCUCCUUUAGGGAUGGGGAACUUUCACUUAAAAGAACAUCCUAUUAAAUAAUUCUGACUUCUUUUAAAAGCGGCCUUUUGAUUUAAAUGCUCUGGAUAACUUUUAUGAAUAUCAAAGAUCCCAUACAUAUGGUGACUAAGCAAUGCUGGCCCUACAGUUUACUCAAUAAAAGGAUACCAAAGUCUGGUUGGUGAGACUGGUCUAACUGCUCUCCGGUUCAACCUGAUAGCACAAAAUUGUUGAAAAAUGGCACAGUUCCAACAGAAUUCAUAUUAAUAUCAAAACUGCUUCAUGUUUCAAAUGAUCUUACCUUUGGAUUCUUCUUGAGAGAGAAAAAUGGAAUGCUAACAUUCAGUGUGAACAUCUCUUGGAUGUUGACACGUGCUAAUCGCAAUGAAAUUGUGAAAAUUAACUGUGAUGACAAGUCAAUUGUCAUUUAGCCAUGCUGAAUGUCAGGUCCAGGAAGAGUGUGAAAUCAGGACAAUAAUAUGGUAUGUACAUUGUGGAAUCUCUUCCCAUAGUUUCCAUUUUCUUUUUGCCAUUUGAACUAUUUUGAGAAGCCUCAAUCUUUUAUUUUAAUUAUAAACAAAGAACUGGUUUAUGCUUUUAUCUUAAAUAUUGAGCUUAAUAUCCCACAUGUUUAAUUAGAAUGUUUGAGCAUAUUGACAGCUGGAGACUGUAACUAUAGGGACACGGGAAGACUUGAGACUGCCUGCCAGUAAAGAGGGAGCAGAGGCAGGUGGAUAUCGAGUUUGAGGCCAGCCUGGUCUACAGAGUUGAGUUCCAGGACAGCCAGGGCUAUACAGAGAAACCUUAUCUCAAAAAAAAAAAAAAAAAAAAAAAAAACAAAAACAAAAACAAAAACAAAAAGAAGAAG